AUGGUUCCCCUGGGUCCCUGUCCCCGUGCCGCCCGGCCUACCACCCCCCCCCCCCGCCCGCCGUCCGCCGGUGGUCCCCCCCCCCCCUCCUCCAGUCCCCCGCCUCGACGUAGAGUCGGGGCUGGACUGGAGCGACGGCGCGCUGCUGAGAGCGGAGACCUGGGCCUGCUGGGCAGGGGAAGGGCCGGGACCUGGAACGGACCUGACCGCCGGGAGUCCAGGUCCUCCCGGCCGACUCCAGGUUACCACCCGUUAGCCUGGCCGACUCCAGCUUCCCCGUGUCCCGUUGCCGCCCCGGCCUACUCUAGGUCCCCACCCCCCGUCCCCGCCCCGGCCGACUCCAGUUCCCCGCCCUCCACCCCGUCCGACGCCGGGUCCCCGCCCGAGUCCAGGUCCCCGCCCCCGCCCUGGCCGACUCCAGUUCCCCGCCCUCCGCCGGGUCCCCGCCCCGGCCGACUCCAGUUCCCCGCCCUCCGCUCCGUCCGACACCGGGUCCCCGCCCCGGCCGAGUCCAGGUCCCGCCCCGCCUGCCGACUCCUGUUCCCCGCCCUCCGCCCCGUCCGACGCCGGGUCCCCGCCCCGGCCGACUCCAGGUCCCGCCCCGCCCGCCGCCGACUCCAGUUCCCGCCGCCCUGCCGACUCCGUCCCGCCUCGCCCGUCCGACGCCGGGUCCCCGCCCCGGCCGACUCCAGGUCCCCGCCCCCGCCCUGGCCGACUCCAGUUCCCCGCCCUCCGCCCCGUCCGACGCCGGGUCCCCGCCCCGGCCGAGUCCAGGUCCCCGGCCCUCGUCACCUAGAGUCGGCCUGGGGACCUGGAGUCGGCCGAGACGGCGACGGGGGGCGGAGAUCUGGGGUCGCCCGGCUGGCGCGACAACGGGACAUGGGGAAGGGCCGGGGACCUGGACUCUGCCGGGAGUCCAGGUCCCCGGCCCUCGUCACCGCCCCAGCCAACUCCGGGUUCCCCGUGUCCCGUCGCCGUCCCGCCCGACUCCGGGUCCCCGCCCCCCGUCCCCACCCCCGCCGACUCCAGGUCCGCGCCCUGUCCGAUGCCGGGUCCCCGCCCCGGCCGACUCCAGGUCUCCACCCCCCAUCGCCGCCCCGGCCGACUCUAAGUCCCCGCCCCCCGCCCCUGCUUUGUCCGACGCCGGGUCCCCGCCCUCCGUCCCCACCCCCGCCGACUCCAGGUCCGCACCCUGUCCCAUGCCGGGUCCCCGCCCCGGCCGACUCCAGGUCCCCGCCCCCCGUCCCGGCCAACUCCAGCGUCCCCGCCCCGGCCAACUCCAGGUCAACUCAAGGUUUUACCUUCUCAAAAGAAAAGGCGGGGAAGGAAGGAUGUGGAGGGAAGAUGGGAAGUGACACGACAUGUGCUGAUCUGUGGUUUUUGGACCGCCUGCUUAUUGGGGAGAGGGGGAAGCUUGGAGUUCAUUCUGGAGAUAUCCUCAACAAGUCUUUUGUGUUCCACUUGCUUCAGCAAAGUGUGUUCAUCUUCCUGCUGUAUUUGUUCCAGUGGGUGAAGGCCAUCCAGGAAUAA